AUGGGUAAAACAACUACUACAAGGGAAACAACUGCAGUAGGUAAAAUAACUACUUUAGAAAAAACAUCUACUGCAGGAGAGAUAUCUAAUACAGGUAAAUCAAGUACAGAAGAUGAAACAACAACUGCAGGAGAAACAACUACUACAGAAGAAAUAUCUACUACAGAUAAAUCAACUACAACUGCAGGAGAAACAAUUGCUGCAGAAAAAACGACUACUACUGGAGAAAAAAUUACAGUAGGAGAAACAACAGCUGUAGAAGAAACAUCUGCUACAUUAGAACAAACAACUAUUACAAAAGAAACUACUAAUACAGGAGAAUCCACUUCAAAAGGAGAAACAACUAAAACAGGAGAAACAACUAAUGCAGGAGAAACAACUAUUACAGGAACAAUAGCUACAGUAGGAGAAAUAUCUAAUACAGGUAAAUCAACUACAACUAAUGGAGAAACAACUACAGUAGGAAAAUCAACUACUGCAGGAAAAACAGCUUCUGCAGAAGAAAUGUCUACUACAGGUAAAUCAACUUCUGUAAGUGAAACAACAACUGCAGAAGAAACAACUACUACAGGAGAAAUAUCUAAUACAGGUAAAUCAACUACAACUGCAGGAGAAACAACUACUGCAGAAAAAACAAUUAAUGUUGGAGAAACAACUACUGCAGGAGAAAUAUUUAAUACAGAUAAAUCAACUACAACUGGAGGAGAAACAACUAUGGUAGAAAAAACAAAUACAACUGGAGAAACAAUUACAGAAGGAGAAACAACUACUUUAGAAGAAACAACUAUUAAAGGAGAAAACACUAUAAUAGGAGAAAAAACUACUGCAGAAAAAACAACAUUAAAUGAUCAAUCGAUGACGACUUCUGAAAUAACAGAAGGAGAAAUGCCAAUUUUGAUCCAAACAACUGCAUCAAGUUUAGAAACUCCUGUUUCAUUGAGCAAAGAAACAUCAAUUUAUUAUUCAACAACAACUUCUCAUAUAACAAAAGGAGAAAGACCAAUUUUGAUCCAAACAACUUUAACCACUUUAGAAACCCCUGUUUCAUUAAGUAAAACAACAUCAAUGGAUCAUUCAACAACAACUUCUCAUAUAACAAAAGGAGAAAUGCCAAUAUCGAUCCCAAUAACUUCAACAACUUUAGAAACUUCUUUUUCAAUAACCAAAACAUCAUCAAUUGAUCAUUCAACAACAACUUCUAGUAUAACAAAAGGAGAAAUACCAAUAACGAUCCAAACAACUUCAACGACUUUAGAAACUCUUGUUUCAAUAAGUAAAACAACAUCAAUUGAUGAAUUUACAACAACUUCUCACAUAACAAAUGGAGAAAGACCAAUUUCGAAUCAAACAACUUCAAAGACUUUAGAAAUUCCUGUUUCAAUAAGUAAAAUAACAUCAAUUGAUCAUUCAACAACAACUUCUCAUUUAACAAAAGGAGAAAUGCCAAUAUCGAUUGAAACAACUUCAACAUCUUUAGAAACUUCUUUUUCAGUCAGCCAAACAACAUCAAUUGAUCAUUCAACAACAACUUCUCAUUUAACAAAAGGAGAAAUGCCAAUAUCAAUCCUUACAACUUCAACAACUUUAGAAACUUCUUUUUCAGUAAGCCAAACAACAUCAAUUGAUCAUUCAACAACAACUUCUCAUAUAACAAAAGGAGAAAUGCCAAUAUCAAUCCAAACAACUUCAACAACUUUAGAAACUCCUGUUUCAAUAAGCAAAACAACAUCAAUUGAUGAAUUUACAACAACUUCUCACAUAACAAAUGGAGAAAGACCAAUUUUGAUUCAAACAACUUCAACGACUUUAGAAAUUCCUGUUUCAAUAAGUAACAUAACAUCAAUUGAUCAUUCAACAACAACUUCUCAUAUAACAAAAGGAGAAAUGCCAAUAUCGAUCCAAACAACUUCAACAACUUUAGAAACUCCUGUUUCAAUAAGCAAAACAACAUCAAUUGAUCAUUCAACAACAACUUCUCAUAUAACAAAAGGAGAAAUGCCAAUAUCGAUCCAAACAACUUCAACAACUUUUGAAACUUCUUUUUCAAUAAGUAAAACAACAUCAAGUGAUGAAUUUACAACAACUUCUCACCAAACAAAAGGAGAAAGACCAAUUUUGAUCUAAACAACUUCAACGCUUUAGAAACUCCUGUUUUAAUAAGUAAAACAACAUCAAUGGAUCAUUCAACAACAACUUCUCAUGCAACAAAAGGAAAAAUGCCAAUAACGAUCGAAACAACUUCAACAUCUUUAGAAACUCCUGUUUCAAUAAGUAAAACAACAUCAAUUGAUGAAUUUACAACAACUUCUCACAUAAGAAAAGGAGAAACACCAAUUUCGAUCUUAAAAUCUUCAACAACCUUAGAAACUCCUGUUUCUUUGAGCAAAACAUUAUCAAUUGAUCAUUCAACAACUACUUCUCAAAUAACAAAAGGAGAAAUACCAAUUUCGAUCCAAACAACCUUAACUACUUUAGAAACUUCUUUUUCAAUAAGCAAAACAUCAUUAAUUGAUCAUUCAACAACAACUUCUUAUAUAACAAAAGGAGAAAUGCCAAUAUCGAUCCAAACAACUUCAACAACUUUAGAAACUUCUUUUUCAAUAAGCAAAACAUCAUCAAUUGAUCAUUUAACAACAACUUCUCAUAUAACAAAAGGAAAAAUGCCCAUUUUGAUCCAAACAACUUCACUGACUUUAGAAACUCCUGUUUCAAUAAGUAAAACAACAUCAAUUGAUCAUUCAACAACAACUUCUCAUAUACUAAAUGGAGAAAUGCCAAUAUUGAUCCAAACAACUUCAACAACUUUAGAAACUUCUUUUUCAAUAAGCAAAACAUCAUCAAUUGAUCAUUUAACAACAACUUAUGAUACAAUAAUAGGAGAAAUGCAAAUUUUAAUCAAAACAGUUUUAACAACUUUUGAAACUCCUGUUUCAUUCAGUAAAACAACAUUAUUUGAUCAAACAACAAUAACAUAUCACAUAACAAAAGGAGAAAUUUCGAUCCAAACAACUGCAUCAAGUUCAGAAACUUCUGUUUCAAUAAGCAAAACAACAUCAAAUGAUCAUUCAACAACAACUUCUCCUAUAAUAGAAAGAGAAACGCCAAUUUUAAUCCAAACAUCCACAAAAACUUCAAAAACUUCUGUUUCAAUAAGCAAAACAACAUUAAUUG